AUGGCGCUGCUCUGCUACAACCGCGGCUGCGGCCAGCGCUUCGAUGCCGACAGCAACGCCGACGAUGCUUGCACAUACCACCCAGGUGUACCAGUCUUCCAUGAUGCAUUAAAGGGUUGGUCUUGCUGUAGGAGAAGAACAACGGAUUUUUCUGAUUUUUUAAGCAUUGUAGGCUGUACAAAAGGCAGGCAUAAUAGUGAAAAGCCACCUGAGCCAGUCAAACCUGAAGUCAAGACUACUGAGAAGAAAGAACUAUCUGAAUUGAAACCCAAAUUUCAGGAGCACAUCAUUCAAGCCCCUAAACCAGUAGAAGCAAUAAAGAGGCCAAGCCCAGAUGAACCAAUGACAAGUUUGGAAUUAAAAGUAUCUGCCUCCCUAAAACAAGCCCUGGAUAAACUUAAACUGUCAUCUGGGAAUGAAAAAGACAAAGAAGAAGACAGUGAUGAAAUUAAGAUUGGGACCUCAUGUAAAAAUGGAGGGUGUACAAAGACAUAUCAAGGUCUACAGAGUCUAGAAGAAGUCUGUGUAUAUCAUUCUGGUGUACCUAUUUUCCAUGAAGGGAUGAAAUACUGGAGCUGUUGUAGAAGAAAAACUUCUGAUUUUAAUACUUUCUUAGCCCAAGAGGGCUGUACAAAAGGGAAACAUAUGUGGACGGCAAAGGAUGCUGGGAAAAAAGUUGUUCCAUGUAGACAUGACUGGCAUCAAACUGGGGGUCAAGUCACUAUUUCAGUAUAUGCUAAAAACUCACUUCCGGAACUUAGUCAAGUAGUAGCAAAUAGCACCUUGUUAAAUGUGCACAUUGUAUUCGAAGGAGAGAAGGAAUUUCAUCAAAAUGUGAAAUUAUGGGGUGUGAUUGAUGUAACGCGAAGUUAUGUAACUAUGACUGCAACAAAGAUUGAGAUCACCAUGAGAAAAGCUGAACCAAUGCAGUGGGCAAGCCUUGAACUGCCUGCAACCAAAACCCAGGAAAAGCAAAAAGAAGAUAAAACAGAAUGA